AUGGUCGCUGCGAGUGAAUUGGCCAGCGAUGCCGCAGAGAACGCGAUCACUAAGUCGACUCGUGGGGAGCAGGUUGAAAUUGGCCAGCUUUACAACGCCCGCACUGGCGGGAUCAUCCCAAGCAUCUCCCUUUGGCGCCUCGACGACAUCAAAGCGGGGCAGGAGGUCGUUUCAUGCCCAGACACGACCUUCGACUUCACCACCAGCAUGAAGGACCUCCGGAAGCACCACAACCUCGACGCCGAAGGCUCCGUGGAGAUCGACUUCGGCAUCUUCGCGCUCAGCGGGUCCGCCCAGUACCUGAAGAACACGCAGCACCACGAGCACGAAGCCCGCGUGGACGUGUCCUGCACCGUUGUCAAGCAUAGAAGGUACAUGCCAAUGGAGCUCUUGAAAAACAUGAAGUUUCAAAAUUUCCUCGACGACCCUCGCGUUACGCAUGUUGUCGCGGAGGUUUACGAGGGGGGGACGGGCAACAUCACCUUCACUAAAAAGUGUAGCUCUAAGGGGGAUCAGACCCGGAUUUCUGGCGCACUGGCUGGAAAACUCAAGGCUUUCAUACCCAUUUCGGGCAAGCUGAGCAUGGAUUGGGAGGAGGGCGAGGAAGAAGACUUCGAGGGCACCGAUAUCAGUGUCCGCGGCGCCAUCAAGCAAACCGUCGGCACCAUCGAGGACGCGGCUCGGGUCGGCAAGGAGUUGCCCACAAAGUUGAGUGAGCUGAACAAUUCGCUCAAGAUGGUGCUCCUCCCCCUGUCCUUCGUCGACUCCGAGGCCCGCCGCGUCGUGACGCGGCUCGACGCGCGCACCAUGGAGGACGUAUCUGCUGCUCUGGAGACUGCAGAGGGCGUUCACUUGUCUGCUGAAUCCUUGUGCGUCGCAGUGAAUGCGUUCCCAUGUGUAGAGACCCAGCGCAGAAACUUCGCCACCGCUUUUAAUUCCUGCAUCAUUACCUUCCGCACUGCCGUGCGUGGCUUGGUGCCGAAGCUCAGGGACGGGGAUAGCAGCACCACCGACGAGGACACCCUUGAGCUCCAGCGCGCCGUGGAUCGCAUGACGCGCCAGACGAAGCUUGCCAUUAAGUACGUGGAGCUGAAGAAUCAGGAGUCCGCUGUGCUGGCUUCCACUGUCAAUUUCCUGCUGGAGACCGGCUUUGCCAACUACAUGGACCCCGUGGCCAAGGUCCAGCCCGCCAUCGGCAGCAGCAAGCCGCGCAUCUUGCUCUCCCUGGCCGGAAAGGACAUCAACAACCCGUGCCACAAAUUGGAGACAUCGUUGACAUGCGACGCCGUCGCCGUCGACGGCGAUUCGGAGGAGGAGGAGGAAGAGUGGUUCCAUCGGAGCUCCACUGCGUCUCUGCUGCAGAAAUCCUUCGCCGACGUCGCGGCGCUCCAGGUCGAGAACAAGGCGGCCAGCUUCGACGCUGAGUAUGGGGUUGGGAUCGUGAACAAGGGAAUCCCCUUCUGGUCGACGGACGAGAAGAUGAAAAAGACAGAUGUCGGCGACUUGGUGCUCUUCUUCGAUGGCAGGGUCCGCAUAAUCUCCAAGUUCUUCCCCGGCCCCCCAGACAACGUCAAGCUGCGGUGCAACGAGCAGACCAUGCAUGUCCAGUGGGAGUGGCUGCAGCAGAACUCGAUGCCCCCCCGCAGCUUUCGCGUGCUCUGGCGGCCCCGCCCAAACGCCGACUUGGACACUUUCGAUCAGAGCGUCGACGAAUACGCGGCGUUCGAGUGGAAGGAUGUGCCUGCGGGAGUGCCUUGCGAGUGCGUACCGGGGGCGCAGGGGGGCGCUUGCCGCUGCGAGCUCGGCCCCCUGGGUCCAAAUACGGACUUCGAGGUGUGCGUGCAGACGUGCUCCGACAUUGGCUUCUCGGCGCGCUCCCCUCCGAACGUCAAGCGGACGGGCAAGCUGCCCAGUGCCGCCAGGGACAUAAUCGCUUUUUACCAUGAGAAUAAGGCCCGGCUCGAGUUGACCGGGGCCGGGGGAUGGACUGACAAGGUCGGCGGCAAGAAGCCUUGGGAGUCUACGGAGGAUUCGCUCUUCCUUGGCUCGUGUACCGUUGCAAGGAGAGCGUGCGAGAGCGGCAAGUUCGCAGGAAAAAUGGCUGCCAUCAUGGCCGACGUUGCGUCCGACUUCAAGCCCGAGAUCAUUCUGGGCCCCGAGCAGGAGGCGCGGGCGCUCGUCCUCAUGUUUGCUGGCCCCACGGGGGCCGGGAAAUCAACGGAGAUCAACGCGUUCGUCUCGUUCUUGUUGGGCGGCGACCUCGCGGACACCCACCGCAUCAUGCUGAUCGAUGACCGCGCUGCCGACCCGACGCAAUCCGUCACCCAGCACAUCACCGUGUACCGAUUGCGGCCCCUCGGGCCCCGAUUCCAGGGCCAUGCGCUGUACAUUGUGGACACGCCUGGCUAUGGCGAUUGCAGGGGGCACGAGGCGGAUAACUUCACUACCGCCGCCAUGGCAGAGUUGUUCAAGAUGAUCGAGCACGUCAACGCCGUAGUCUUCACCUGCAAGGCCGUCGCCAAUCUCAAAGCGCUUGGUUGGCCCGUGGACAAAGGCUACGCUCAAGUAAACAACUCUGCUUUCCGAGCCCAGUCCACAACCGACGCCAACGUGCGCGACUGGUGGAAAAUGUCAAUGUCGGGCCAGAAGCGCGCGUUGGACAUGUUGCUGCGCAUGGGGCCGGUGUCUACACGCAAGAGCGCGCAGGUAACCACGAAACGCAUGACGCUGGAGGAACGGUGCGAGCUCGCUGAGAAGAAGAUCUUCCGCACGGCCCAGGAGACCCAGAGCCUCCUCGCCAACCUGCGGGCGAUCGCAGAGGCGGUGGGCGCCAGCCCGGGCGAAAAGGUGAGGGUCAGCACUGUCAUCGUCAAGGAAGAGCCGGAUUUGAUCAAUCGCUGGAACAAGAACAACAACUCCAUCGAGGGCGCCGUGCUCGGCGCCAUGGACAAGUACCUUGCCCUGCAGGACGAGCUCACCGACGACAUCAGGGCCCUGGCCGCGCUCACGGAUGAGCUUCACCAGACAGCUCUCUUGCACGACCCCGAGCGUUUCCUCAAAUAUUUGGACACGCUCAUCGCGUCCGCUAAGGCGCGGGGCGCCAGCAGCGAGCAGUUGCAGGCGCUCAUGUCCGCCAAGAAUGCAAUGAAGAUCGCCGCUCGAGCGGCGUCAGCGGAGGGCUAUACGAAUGCGGAGCCCGAGCUGCUCGCGAAGGUCACGAGGUACGUCCGCGGCGAGAUGAAAAGGCGCACUCAGAUGGGGCCCCUGGCGCGCGCCAAGGAGGAGGAACAGCCCUGCGAUAUCUACAACAAGAUCUACAAGAGCCUCCCCGCGCCGAUUCGAGAGAAAGCCCCCGCGCCGCCUGCAGACACCGGAUAUGCGUUCAAAAAGGCCCCGAAGUGGCCGGAGAACUUGAAGGCGAUCGUCAAACUCAUGGACGUCAUUCUCGAGACCGGCUGCGUAAUGGGCACUGUGACAGCGGACUGA